AUGGCGCUGACGACCUACAACCACUUCUAUGCUACACUCGCUCUGACCCGGGUACAUGAUCUGUUCCAUUUACAUAUUACGGCUUUCCGGACACUGGUAUGGUCUGACGCGCGCGGUGGUGGUGGUGGUGGUGGUGGGCCACUCCUUCCUCUUCUACGAAGCGAAGUAAACAGUCAGCCAAACGCGAACCUCGUCCCCCACCCCGCCAUCACAACGGCAUUCGCAGGGAAACGCAACGCGCAAGAGCUCAAGAAGCUGGAAAAGACGGAUGUUAAGAUAUCAGAGGCGAGACUCUUCAACGCAUACGCGACCACACAGAACGUGAUUGAAGAUAUCGAGGAGUUGUUGCCUCGCCUCUCCCCUCACCAUCCAGAGAUUGCCGAGUUGCUUCAGACGGCCAGGGCGGAGCCCGUGACACCCUUCACCAUCCAUGGGCAUUGUGACGACAGCGAGACGAAGACUUGGCCAAAGACCGACCCUGCUGUGGAUCGCUGGUUUCCGAAUGCCAUUGAGUAA